UUGGCGGUGAGAUCGGAGCGGGCCGGCGCGCGCUGAAUGAGAAAAUGAGAAUGAUGAAGUGGAAAAGCGCCGCCGUGUGCAUAGGCGCAGCCGCCGCCGGACUUUCUUUCCCUCUCUUCUUCAAUCCCUCUUCUUCUCCUCCUCCUCCUCCUUUCAAUCAAUUCUCCGCCGCAAUCCACGCCGUCAUCCGCUCCUCUCGAGCAAUCUCCACCAUCACUCUCACCGCCAUCGACUACAAGUUCUCCUUACAUGGCCUCCCAAGCAACUCCGACGAGUAUCGUCGCAAAUUAUCCGAGGUUCACUUACGCUCUGCCGAGAGAAGUCUCAAAUUAUGUGAAGCCAACAGAGGCUUUUAUGUGAAAGGUGGUCAGUUUGUUGCUGCAUUGCGACAGGUUCCGAAAGAAUACUCGUCGAUUCUUUCUUCAUUACAAGAUCAGGCAGUUCCUUGUCAUUUCAAAGCCAUCAAAGAAGUUCUAAUACAGAAUCUGGGUCAGGAUCUUUCAGAAAUAUUUUUCUCCUUUGAUGAAAAUCCUAUAGCUGCUGCGUCCAUUGCUCAAGUGCACCGAGCAGUUUUAAAGGAUGGUCAUGAAGUAGCAGUUAAGGUCCAGUACCCUGGGUUGCAGCAGCAGUUGAAAAUAGACAUAACGACCAUGUCUUUCCUUUCAAGAUCGGUUGCAUGGUUUUUCCCAGAAUACAGAUUCGAGUGGUUAUUGUCUGCAUUUGUGGAAGACAUUGUUCUGGAACUUGACUUUGUUCAAGAAGCUAGAAAUUCUGAGAAAGCUGCCAAUAACUUUAAAAACAACAAAGUGGUCAAGGUUCCUCGUGUAUUUUGGGGCCUGACAACCAAUCAGGUUCUGACUAUGCAAUUUUGCAGGGGACAUAAGGUUGAUGAUGUGGCAUAUAUGAAGAACAAGGGAAUUGAUCCAAUCAAGGUGGCAAAAGUAUUGGCGGAGGUGUUGGCUGAGAUGAUUUUUGUUCAUGGUUUUCUUCAUGGUGAUCCACACCCUGGUAACAUAUUAGUUUCUCCAGAAGGUCCAAGUGGGUUUUCAUUGGUUCUGUUAGAUCACGGAAUUUACAGACAGCUAGAUGAAGAAUUUAGAUUGAACUAUUGUGAGCUUUGGAAAUCUCUGAUAGUUCUGGACUCCAAUAAGAUACAUCAUUUGGGUGAACAAUUUGGCGUUGCAAAGUACUCUAGGUACUUUCCAGUCAUUUUUACGGGAAGAACUAUUGACAGUAAACUGGCUCUUGGCAAGGGAAUGUCAGCUGAAGAGAAAAGUAACUUGAAGGAGGAACUGAAAUCUCUAAAGAUGGAGGAUAUAUCUUCUUUCAUGGAAUCUCUGCCGCCCGACUUUCUGAGAAUAUUAAGCACGGACGGACUACUAAGAUCCAUAAUUAACAAGUUGGGUGCCUCUCAGCGGGUCAGGUUGCUAGCCUAUGCCAAAUUUGCAUUACAUGGUCUUUCUUCAAAGGUCAAUGGCGAAUCCGAUUUUUCAAUGAAAGUCUUGUCCAGAUUGAAAACAAAUGUGAGCUACCUUCAUUUAAGGCUCUCUCUCGAGGUGCUAGAGCUGCUCCAUAGGUUGGCAGAAGUUCGGAAAUUUAUAUAUGCCUGGCUUAGAAGUAUGGGUGGUGUUUUGAGGGGAAUUUGUAACUCUUUUUCCUCAGUUAUGAUCUAUGUACAAAAGAGGAUAUGUUGUUAUUUUUAGGUAUCCCAACUUUUUCUUUGGAUCCUUUAGGCUCCA